UACUUGCUCCUCCACCCAGACCCAACACUUCCCUUCCUGGCUGAGUUCAAACACUGCAGCAAUGCCUUCGCCAGGUGUGUGUGUGAACAUCAUCAACGCCCGUCACCUGAAAGAUGAUAAUGGGAUCGUCACUAACCCUCAGAAGUUUCUGGACCAAGACUUUGAGCAGCUGAAACAGUACUGUAUGAUUAAACGGGUAAGGUACAUCGACGGCAUGUUCCCCCCUGACGCGAGGUCCAUCGGGCCUGGGGUACUGACCCCUUCUAAGCUGAAUAAAGUGGUGUGGCUGAGACCAUAUAAAAUGGUUCGCAAUCCUUGUUUUGAAGUUGAUGGGGUCUCCAGGUUUGACUUUGGUCAAGGCAUACUUGGAAACUGCUGGUUUCUUGCAUCAAUCGGAGCUCUGACGUUCCAGCCCUCCAUCCUUAAGCAGGUCGUUCCUCUUGAACAGAGAUUUGACGAGGAGUACUGCGGGAUAUUCCACUUCAGGUUCUGGAGGUUUGGAAGAUGGGUUGAUGUUGUCAUUGAUGACAAACUACCAACUAUUGAUGGCAGACUGGUCUUUGUUCACUCCAACGACCCAACUGAGUUCUGGCCUGCUUUGAUGGAGAAAGCCUAUGCCAAAGUGUGCGGUUCCUACUCGGACAUGAAUGCCGGAACUCCUGCCGAGGCUUUAGUGGACUUCACCGGUGGAGUUCACAUGUGUAUUGAUCUGACAAAAUCUCCCCCAACUCUGUGGGAGUUGAUGGGCAGAGCUGUCCAAUCCAAGUCACUGAUGGGCUGUGGUACACCUCAGGGGGCCACAUCUGACAACACGGUUUUACCAAAUGGAAUCGUCCAAGGACAUGCCUACGCUGUCACAGGUGUGAAACAGAUUCUGAGCCGAGGGCAACCGGUAAACCUGGUGCGUUUGUGGAACCCCUGGUGCCAUCGGGAGUGGAUCGGAGACUGGAGUGACAAGUCUCCUUUGUGGCAGACCGUGAGUCCUCAAGAUCGUGAAGUGUGUCUUUCUGUGGCUGAUGAUGGGGAGUUUUGGAUGACCCUGGAAGACUUCUGCAGGUUCUAUAGUGAUCUGGACAUCUGCUGCCCGUCUCCCGCCUUCCUUGAUGGAAAUACUUCUUGCCACUGGAAGACCUCCCGCUGUGAGGGCCGAUGGGUUGCAGGAACAACUGCCGGAGGAUGCGCGAAUAAUAGUGACAGUUUCUGGACUAAUCCGCAGUACCGGGUCAAGAUUGAGGAAGUACUCAGUGAAUGUUCUGGGAAACAGGGUGAGAAGAACAUGCUGUUGUCUCUGAUGCAAAAGCCUGACAAGAGGAACAGACGUCUGGUCCAAAAUCUCGGCAUUGGAUUCUAUGUAUUUGAGGUGACUGAAGAAUACAAGUCACGUAGUGGAAAGUUCCCAGCCUCGUUCUUCAACAAGAACAGACCUGCCUACCAAACUACAAAAUACGAAAUGGCACGUGAGGUGAUGGGGUUCCUGAUGCUAAAGCCUGGCGAGUACCUGAUCGUACCGUCCACCUUUAAUCCCAAUGAGACUGCCACCUUCAUCCUGACCAUCCUCUCCAAGGCAGAGACCCACGUCCAUGAGAAUUCGGGUGGCCAUUACCACGAACAACAGGAAGUGAUGGACAAAGGAACUGAAAAUGAGGAGAACGACGAAAAGAAGAAACACUUUUUCCGUCAAUACUCUGACAAGUACGAAGAAGUGGAUGCCGAGCAGCUCCAGAGGCUUCUAAAUGAACAAAUCCUGAAAGGAGACUUGAAAUCAGGAGGCUUCAGCAUUGAUGCCUGUCGCGGCAUGGUUGCUCUGAUGGAUACGUCAGUCACUGGCAAACUCAAUGGAGAGGAAUUUGUUCGUCUCUGGAAGAAGGUCGUCGCGUACAAGGACAUUUUCUUCCGCACUGAUGUUUCAAAGACGGGAACACUGUCAUUGAGUGAGCUGAGGAAUGCUAUCAUGGCGUCAGGAAAGAGGGCCAGCGAUGACAUGCUGAACUUGUUGGCUCUGCGCUACGGUGCCUCCUCUGGACACAUCACCCUGGAGAGCUUCAUCAGUAUGGUGCUGCGCUUCGACUGCAUGAGCCAAAUCUUCAGCCAGUUGUCAAAUGGAAUGAACAUGACUCUUCGUGAAUCAGAGGUAAUAAAGGUUAUUCAGAGGUGUUUCUUCAAAUGUGUUCAGGUUGUAAUCAUUCAACCCGGCACAGCUAUUGACUUAAACAAAAGGAAGGACAUUUGUUUUUGGCAAAAGAAAAAUCAGUUUCAAUACCAUUCCCCUAAUAUGUUGUUCUAGAAAAUAUGGCAUUCUUGUACUACAUUUUUACUUUUCUGUGAUGGAAUGCAAUACAAUAAUAUCCCUCUAUAAU